CAUAGAUUUUCAUCCAAAUCCAUAUCUAUUUUUUAAUCCUCGACUGCCGCCGUAUUGCUGGUCGUAGCCGACGAGAGGAGACUAUUUCACAAUGCAACGCGUUUAAAAAUCUUUGCGCAAUCUUCACCUCUUAUCUUCGCGUACUGUGAAGUGCGCAUAUGUGUUAAACUUCAAUUUUCCUUCCGACACUUGGACAGCAUCAUGCCCGGUUUGUGGGAUCGCAUCCCUUUGGAAUGGUUGGAAUUACGCGGCGAGGUGCUGGAGCGCAUGUGAACGCCAAUGGAGUUUGGGAUUUAUUGCUAAAUAUGGGAAAGAUGACCGUAUUGUCUUUGUUUUUUGUCUUGUGCGCUGAUCUACUGCAAGUAGCUGUCGGAUAUUUGACUGUAACGAUAGAGCCCUUGCUACCUGUUGUUGUGGGAGAGACCGUGACUCUAAAGUGCAACUUCAAGACAGAUGGAAGAUUGCGAGAGAUCGUGUGGUACAGGGUUACUGACGGGGGCACUAUUAAGCAGAAGAUUUUUACAUACGAUGCUAUGUUCAAUACCAAUUACUCCCAUAUGGAGGAUUACCGCCGACGGGAGGACCUGGUAUAUCAGUCGACAGUCCGGCUCCCAGAGGUUCGGAUCUCAGACAACGGACCUUAUGAAUGCCAUGUAGGAAUCUAUGACCGUGCAACACGGGAGAAGGUCGUCCUGGCAUCGGGGAACGUCUUGCUCACGGUCAUGUCUCCACCCAACAACAUCUCAGUGGCAGCAGAGAACACCCCGGCACCAUUCAGCCGCUACCAGGCACAGAACCUCACUCUGGUCUGUACAGCCAAAGGAGGCAAACCAGCCCCAUCGGUGUACUUCAAGCGGGAUGGAGAGUUGAUAGAGGUGAUCUCCUACGUUUCGCCCACCGUGGGUUAUGAGGGUGCUGGCUCCGCUGGUGUGCGUGGAGCCAGACCUCUGAUCAGCAGGGACCUUGACGACACCAAGCAGCGGAAGUCUCUUUCUCUGCUUGGUCCAGACGGCAAGCCCGGACGCCUAAAUACGGAGAGCCCUGGCCGGAGCUACAUGGACAAGCAGCCUGGUCAUGAGCCCAGCCCGGCCACAGAGACCAUCCCAGAGACAGUGGUCAACCGGGAGUUCCCACGCUGGGUCCAGAGCACAGACCCCCUGUACUUCUUUAGCAACACUCACAUCCCCCAGAGCGAUGGGUCGGUGCUGGUUCAGGCCAAACUCACCUGGACCUUGAAUCCGCAGUUGGACAACGAUGCAUUGUUCAGCUGCGAGGUCACGCACCCGGCUCUCUCCAUGCCUAUGCAGACCGAGGUCGUACUGGCGGCACCGAAAGGUCCCAGACUUGUGAUAACCCCUACCAGGGCAAAGGUAGGGGAUACAGUUCGCAUCACCGUCCAAGGUUUCCAGGUAGGAUCUCCAGUGAAUGAGGUGUUUCCUGAGCCUCUGUACACCUGGACGCGGGUGGGCGGGAGACUCCUGGAUGGCAGUACCGAGAAAGACGGGAAGGAGCUUGUGUUGGAGCGAGUGCCGGCAGAACUUAAUGGCUCAAUGUACCGCUGCACGGCUCAGAAUCCACUGGGCUCUACUGACACACACACACGCCUCAUUGUUUUUGAAAACCCCAGUAUGAUGAAAAACACACAGAACCCGAACAAUGGAGCUCCUGGUUUGCACAAGCUUGGACUGAUAUUUCUGCCUCUUGUUCUCACAGUGACUGUUGAACUGACGUGAAUAUCUUUAAUUCAACCACACACAAACAUGCCUCCUCUCCUGUCCGCCGCACACACUCACAUACACACAAGCCUUCUCCAAUCCAUGCAUUUAUCAGAGAGAGAACCCUCAACAGGGGGCGCACCACCUUUUCUUUGUGAAAAAUGUAAAAAAAAAAAAAGAAAAAAAAAGAAAGAAAGAAAAAGAUCCAGAUGAUAAUAUCCCUGAUUAAAAAAUAAAUAAAUAAAUAAAUAAAAACAUGCUGAAAAUAAGAACAAGAACCUCCCUUUGUCCGCCCCUUUCCACACAAACACGUUUUUGUUUUGUUUUUUUACCAUCAAAAUUGCCUGUCAAUCAACAAAGGUCUGCCAUUCAGAUAAAAGGAAACAGGAGAAGAGCUUUCAAGCCGAACACAGAUGUCAGGCACUGCGGUGUGGAAAAAAGACGCUUCAGAAGCGUUGACUGUCACUUCAACUCAAAUCUAGCUGUUCUCAAGAUGCCUCCAUAGAAUACUGCACACUGGCACAAACAGGAGUUGGGCGACCCCCUUUUUGAGGACCAUCUGAUCUUGAUCGUUACGGCAUUUGUGUUUUUUGACCACAGUAUUUUUUCCGUUCGAUUUUCUCAAAUGGCUCUCGGCUGGAAUGUAACAAAAAAAAAAAAAAAAAAAAAAAAAAACCCAGAGACAAUACUAAACGUCCUGUGACAUUUCACUGCAAAGAAAUGGAAGAUCCUCUUUUUAAGUGUAUUUUGUGUACAUCCCUGUAAAUAAUACAAAGUAUAUUACAGAAAAUAAAAAAUACAAUUAUUAGGGACUCGGGGUCAGGAUUUUGGGGGAGUGAUGCAAGUGGGGUAGCAGCUAAUGGCUUUAUUGCGUGAGUCUGGUCAUCCCCAGUGACCAUCAACUGAAAUCCAACCCAGGCUUUAAGAAAGCAGUGAAAUCAGUGGCCUUACUGAUCUGAUUUCAUGUGUUCAGUAUCUAUAACAUCUGUGUGACUGUUCAACCACAGAGGAAAGAGGACGACUCUUCUCGGGUUUGUGGUGCAUGUGUCGUUUGAAGAUGAUUUUCCCUCCGCAUCUGUUUGUCACAUACCUGUCCUUAAGUUCUUGUUGCAUAUUCAGUGAUCUGCAUCAUGUACAGUCCUUAUCUCUGAUCUAACAGUUACUGCUAGGAUCAUGUUAGCCACUUUUCAGACCCCCUCUCCCCCAUUUCUCAAAGUAAGCUCAAGUGAAGCCAAGUGUAAACAGGGUUGUUGCAUUUGUUUCAUAUCACCUGUAUUAAAAAUGGAGAUGAUCAACUUAACACAACUGGAGUGUGAUUGUCCUUUGGAUGCUUUGUUUUGAAGAUUUUGUUCACUCAAUAACAAUAUACCACAUGCUAAUACAUAUCUAGUUUUCUAGUAGCAGUGUAUUCCAGACAGAGUCAAUGCUAUGAAAUGAUAUAAUUAAAUUAUAAUAAUCAUCAUCAACAUAGAUUUGACUCUGCUUUGUAAAUUCCUCUCAAUAACAUGCUCAAAUGUCUGUGUUUUUUAAUUAUAUUAGUUUCAGAUUCUGUUUAACUAUAUGUUUAGUUGCAGUGGUGUGACAUCACCCAGAAUCAUUGGGUCUGUUACAAAAUCUAGUGAGCUGCCUUACUGUCUAUUGCCUACAUAGGCUGCUGCCUUCUAAGGCAACUGAAAUGGACAACCUGAUCUCAUGAAAUUUACGUGACAAUCGCAAUAUAUUUGCAAACCAAAAUGAUGUGCUUCAUUACACGUUUGGCUGCAGUUUCCCAGUGAAUGUCCAGCAGGGGGCGCCAAAAUCGAGUGAAAUGUUGUUGGAAUCAGACAAGAUUUUUAAGGUGAAUAUAAGAUGGAUGUUUAAGCGUACUUCCCUAACUUAAAACUUUAACCUAAACCUAACCAAUAGAGUUAAAAAUAAAAUAAAUGAAAGGUGAACAAAUCAGACAUCCUUACCCUUAACCAAUACCUAAACCAAACGAUUUGGCAUUAAAAGCUUAUUUACUGAAUUAAUCACGUAAUUUCGUGUCGCUUCUAUGGCCCUUUCACUCCGAACGUACUUGGCUGGGCUCGAGGCUCGGUCUCCAACACUCUAUGUGGUGAGUUACUGCGGAAGUUAAUCACACUGUGACACAUUUAAGUGUGUAUAUGUAGGUCGGUCAGUAAUACAAGAGUUAAAAUGUGCAGUUUUUCAAGUGAUGCGUUACUGUAAAAGUGUUUUGAUAAAAUAGCAUAGCUGUGUGUGAGUAAUAGAGUGAAAAAUAAGUGUUUAUAAUCUAUUAUCCAUGAUGUGUGUGAAAGUGAAUAAAACACACAGUUUUUGUAGCGCCUCCAGUAUUAAUUUCACCAGGAAACUGCAGCAAAACGUAGAAAGCGGCACGUAAAACGAAGUUUGCACAAAUUUAUUUAUAGUAACAUUCAUUCUAUGAGACUAGGUUGGAAAUGGAACCUCAUAAGUAACUAAUUUGGAAUGUUCUACAUAAGCUGCAACUCACAAUUAGCAUCCUGCCUUUGAUGCACAUGAGACUCGACCCACGAUUGAUUUCAGUAGAGUUUGGUGUUAGCAUACUGCUAAGCUAGCAAUGCGAUACUGUAAUAAGCAUGAAAAUAACACACAAAUAUAAAACAGUGCAUUUUUUAAAUUAUAAUGAACAAAAUGUAUUAUUACUUUCUGAUAAAACUGUUCGGUAUUGCACUGCAAAAAAAUAAAAAUAAUAAUAAAAUAAAAAAAUAAAAUAAAAUUCUAGUAUUUUGCCUCCAGUAAAAAUAUCUGAACAUUCUUAAAACAGGAUAAAUUAACUUGAGAAGCAAAAACCCAACCAAAUGUUUUUAUUUAUAUAAAAAUAAAAACAGAAUUGAUAUAUUUAUCUCGCUUUAGCCACCAUCUUGAAGAUUUUUUUCACAGCUUUCGUAUGAUGUCUUACCAAUCAGUACGUUUACAUGCUCUUUAAAAGUUUGAUUUCAGCCAGACUGAAACAAUAAUUCAGCUUUUAAAAAUAUAAUAUAAAUGCCAUAAUCUGAAAUUGUAACAGUCCAAACAGUCCAAUUUUUGCGGACUAACACACCUAGAUAAUGCGUUUGUAGCUCAGCUUCGUCAAGCAUUUAUACAUGUUUAUCAGACUACAGUUGUCCUCUGCAUCGUGUGCAUGCUCUGAAAGAUAAGAGGUGAUGUGCGACGUGUCUUUAACCUUGUGCGAUCUCCACAUGCAUGGACAUUGUAUUUUGACUUCGCUAUACACAACGCAUAAUUUAAUUUCAUUUAAACUGUCUUGAUGUCAGUUCAGGAGACUCAGUAAAGGGUAAAACUUUCGACGCACAGAGUCAUGUGACCAAACAACAUGGCGUCAAUUAAAGCGUAGUUUGUGGUUGGUUGAAACACCAACAAAACUCCAUCUGUUAAGAAACCUAAUUGUUUUUACUUUGAAAACUGUUUGAGACAGAACAGAAUAAGAGUCUCUAGUUUCAUUUCAUUAUUUUAUUUUUUUAUUUGAGUGAUUUGUAACGAAACGGCACAAUGUUAAACACAAUGACCUCAUUCGUGGAUUGUGUGCACAGUUUUAGUUAAAAUAUCCUAUAUUCACUCUGCAUUAUCACAUUGACAAUUAAUGGAUGCAUACAAAAGCUGGAAAAUGUUGCUUUCAUAGGCUGUAUAUGGAGUUGGGAUGAAAAUAAGGUGCAUUUCAAACUAUUCUGAGACCAGUGCAGACAGACAGAACACUGGAGGUUAAGUAAUUCACUAAAUAGGGAGCAAGGGAGCAUCCUAUACCUCCCUUUGCAGCUAAGUGCAUUCAAUCCAAACGUCAUAUCAAAAAUUACGUUUCUGACUACUGUCCUGACUUGGACAGCUCAACAUGUUUGGCAGACAUGGAAAAUUAGUAAUCAGUACAUAGAUUCUUUCUGCAGCUUGGUAUCAUUUACAUAAAUUUCACAACUUUGCCCCGCUGUGUACAUACAGUAUGUGGACAUCAGAUUUUAUGAAAACUAUUUGGUCUAAAAAAAAUUGUUUCUUAGGGGCUACUAGUUACAAAUCAAAAAGUGGAAUGGAAACUGCACACAGCAGUCACGCUCGGGUCUCAGGAAGUUAAUACUUGCCCAGCUGAAAUCUUUCCUUCAAAUAUUCAAUUACGCAUUGUGUCAUGUAUACUUGGACAAACAGAUGAAGACUGUUGCUUGACAACACAAAAACCUGCUGUUGCUUGACUAUUAAUAUUAACCGCACAUGUAAAGAGACUAAACGUAGGCAGCUCGCUAGUUUUUGGGAGGAGCCAUUUUAUUUGUCUGAACCACAAAGUGACCCAAAACAGGUCAGCAGUACCCAACCACACUGAUACACCCCAUUAUCCAAACCUAAAUAAUAAAGUUUUGAUUUCCCCACAUAUUUGAAUUGACCUCUACACAGCUUUUGAGCCCAUAUGUUCUUGUAAACUUGCAUUUCCUUAUAUACAGCUCCUGUCUUAUUUAUAUAUUAUAUUUACAGUCCGUAAUGUUACACAUACAUAUAGUCUACAUACAGUACGUAGAUCUAUAUGUUUUAUAUAAACAUAUAUGAUUUGACAUUGGAAGAUGGGAGGAAUUAACAAAUAUGCAAUGCUACAUGCCCUAUAGGGAAGUAUCUUUAUUUGUUCAGUUCAGAUCACUAUUCUGAUAUUUGUUCAUUAUUACCUUCACUCUGUGCAAUCUUUGUGAUUAAAGUUGUUGACUACG